UGCAUUGUUAUGUUUAUUUCUGAACAGUUCAUCUAUCUGACUUUUCAUGCACUGGACUUUGAUGCAGAACUAAAUAGAAUACAAGUGAUUUUUUAUUAAAUAUGGCUUCUCCUUUACCUUUCCGACCAUGCUAUUGUGGCCUUGUAUUCUAUAUUUUUUAUUAAUAAUGUUUUGAUUAGAAACUGACAGAUAUGUAGUAUUUUGACAAAAGGCUAUGAUAUAGCUAAUAUAUCCCCCAAUAGAUGAAGAUCUUUAAAAAGCCUAAGGUCGGCACAUUAGAUACUUUAUUCCUCUCUUUAGAGAAAGUCUCCACAGUCAGGGUCUUCAAUACUAUUGUUGGUCUUCUUACGUUUCUGAUGAUGUCCCAUUGAAAGGGGUACAUAAUUUUUCAGCACACAGCUGUGGAAGCAUUGAAGAAAAUAGGGAAGUUGCGGGAUUUCCCUUUCCAUUGAAAGGGUUACAUAACUUUUCAGCACACAGCUGUGGCCAUUAUUGGGAACAUUUAAGAAAAUGGGGAAGUUGCAGGAUUGCCCUUUCCAUCAAGGUAAAAUUCCCCAGCAGAAAGUUAUAAAUGAAGAUGGGCUCCUGUUUCCGAUGGUUUUGUUGCCCCAAAAUGUGAGUGAUGUGGGUAACACCUUACAAUCAUUUCUCCACACCAUUGAAAGCAACAAAGAGUGGAUUGACGAUCAUCUGAAGGAGGGGGGAGCGUUGCUUUUCAAAGGAUUUCCUCUGAAAUCUGCAUCAGAUUUCAACGCGGUUAUGGAGGCUUUUGGUUGGGAUGAAAAGGUAUAUGAGGGAGCAGCUUCAAGAAUAAGGGUUGAGGGAAGGGUUUUUAAUGCCAAUGAAGCUCCUCUUCAUCAACCCAUCCAUUUCCACCAUGAGAUGGCUUUGUAUAAAGACUUUCCAACCAAAUUAGCUUUUUAUUGUGAGAUUGCUCCACCAGAUGGAGGGCAAACUGCAAUUUUGUUAAGCCAUAAGAUUACUGAAAGAAUGGAAGAGAAACACCCUGAAUUUGUAAGAAAAUUGAAAAAUAAAGGAUUAAUUUAUCCAGCCAUUAUUCAAGCAGAAGAUGAUCCUAAGAAUUUCGUGAGGUUGGCAAACCUUAUACAAUACCAAGGAUAAGAAAGAAGCAGGAAAAAAGGCUAUGAAAUCUGGGAUAAAAGUGUCAAGGGUGAGUUGGGAUGGGAACAAGAUGAUCCUUAUGUUAAAGCCCAUUGUCUCUAUCAGAACAAUAGAUGGGGAUAAGAAAACUUGGUUCAAUUCCUUAACAUUGAGUGGUUCAGGGCUGCCCCCUUUAUUAGGAGAUCGAUCUGUGGUUCCUACAGAGGUGAUUGAAUCAUGCCUUCAAAUUGCUGAAGAGGAAGCUGUUGAUCUGAAAUGGGAGGCUGGAGAUGUGGUUGUGUUGGACAACAGAUUUGUAAUGCAUGCUAGAAGGCCAUCUGUACCGCCUAGAAGAAUACUUGCUGCCUUCUGCAAGUAAUGUUAUUUGUGUUUGUUUCAAUAUAUCAUAUUCAUGUUGCUUAUGUUGUUAUAGAUGGAAGACUCUACGUUAGGAGAAUACUUGCUGCAUUGUGCAAGUAAUGUUAUUUAUGUUUGUUUCA